GACAGCGCUACUGUUUGUAUUACGAUGGUGACCGUAGUGGAGCUGCUGAGCCUCCUGCUGGUGUCGGUUCUGUGGGGCUGCACCAACCCAUUCCUGAAGAGAGGCACGGAGGGAUUAGAGGAGGUGACCAGAACCAGCAGAGUGUCCCAGCUGCUGGCUGAGGUCAAGUUUCUGUUUCUGAACUUCAAGUACCUGGUCCCCUUCCUUCUGAACCAGAGCGGCUCGUUGGUCUACUACUACACACUGUCCACUGCAGAGCUGUCCCUUGCUGUUCCUGUGGCCAACUCUCUGACCUUCCUCUGCACUCUGCUGACCGGGAGGCUCCUGGGUGAAGACUUUGGAGGCAAACAGGCUGUCGUGGGAAUGUUCCUCACCAUGGCUGGCAUCACUCUGUGCGUAAUCAGCUCCGUUGAAGACAAAGACGCGACCGAGCCGGCGCGCUGACGGAGAUCGGGAUUAGCUUCUGCUUUACCUUCCAGUAAUUCCUUAGCGAGGAAAGAAAGAAGGCCGAAGCAGGGUUGAGGCUUGAGGGGCUACUUUAGAUUCAGGCUGCAGCUCUUUGGUUGUUGUGGGAGAAUCGGGCCUAAAUGAACUGAGCUUGACCUUGAAAGGACCCGUCCAGAAACUCCUCCACCAAGUUGAAGGGGAAGCGGGUUCACGUAGGGUUCACCCCGGAGCUGGACCAGAUUUAUGGCGCUCCCAAAGAAGUCGGCGGCUGUUAAUUUUCAAAGCGCUGUGCUGGGCCGCCUCCUGGACCGAUGCUAUAGAGACCACAUACAAACGAGGCAGGGCUCUGAAACGGACCAAUUAGAUGUGACCCGAUGGUUUAACGGGGACGCUUUACGAGAGCCGCCUUCUGUCCGGAUGUGUGUGGGUAAGAGCUGGGCAGUAAAGCUGUUUUUAUUUAAUUAUUUUUCCUCCUCCGUCCUCCUCACUGCUGCCCUGGAUGCACCACAUUCGGCUGCAUUUCACCUUCUGAAGUUCUGAGUGAAGACAAUGAAGGACCAAGCCUGUUGUCCAUGUGGACAGACAUCAGGACCACACUGUACAUAGUAAUAUAUAUGUUUUAUUGUCACAGUACUUCAUAGAUACAAGACACUGUACUGAUGACUGUCGUAUCUGUUCCUGUGUCGUCACUAAUGUUUAUUAAUAAAAUGUUGGCAACUCUU